UGAGGAAUCAACAGAUGAAUCUGAGGAAGAUGAGAGUGAAGAAGAACCUAAGCUGAAGUAUGAAAGGCUUUCUAAUGGAGUGACUGAAAUUCUUCAGAAGGAUGCAGCCAGCUGCAUGACAGUGCAUGAAAAGUUUUUGGCACUGGGAACUCAUUAUGGCAAAGUUUAUUUACUUGAUGUCCAGGGGAACAUCACACAGAAGUUUGAUGUUAGCCCAGUGAAGAUUAAUCAGAUCAGCCUGGAUGAAAGUGGAGAAUACAUGGGUGUUUGCUCAGAAGAUGGCAAGGUGCAGGUGUUUGGAUUGUAUUCAGCGGAAGAGUUCCAUGAAACGUUUGACUGUCCUAUUAAAAUUGUUGCUGUUCAUCCUCAUUUUGUAAGAUCUCACUUCAAGCAAUUUGUAACAGGAGGGAAAAAGCUGCUGUUAUAUGAGAGAGGCUGGAUGAAUAGAUGGAAGCCUUCGGUUUUACAUGAAGGGGAAGGAAAUAUAAGAAAUGUAAAAUGGAGAGGGCACUUAAUUGCUUGGGCCAAUAACAUGGGCGUGAAGAUACUUGACAUGAUCUCCAAGCAAAGAAUUACCAAUGUGCCUCGAGAUGACAUAAGCCUUCGCCCAGAUAUGUAUCCCUGCAGCCUUUGCUGGAAGGAUAAUUUAACACUGAUUAUUGGCUGGGGAAAUUCAGUAAAGAUUUGCUCAGUGAAAGAACGGCAUGCCAGUGAAAUGCGUGACCUUCCAAACCGCUAUGUGGAAAUAGUUUUCCAGUUCGACACUGAAUUUUAUAUCAGUGGACUUGCGCCUCUCUGCGACCAGCUUGUUAUACUUUCAUAUGUAAAGGAGAUUUCCGAAAAAACGGAAGUGGAGUGUUGUGCAAGGCCUAGACUGGAUAUUGUACAACCCCUACCUGAGUCCUGUGAAGAGAUCUCUUCUGAUGCACUAACAGUACGAGGAUUUCAGGAAAAUGAGUGUAGAGAUUAUCAUUUAGAGUAUUCGGAAGGUGAAUCACUUUUUUAUAUCAUCAGCCCAAGAGAUGUUGUUGUGGCUAAAGAGCGGGACCAAGAUGACCACAUUGACUGGCUUCUUGAAAAGAAGAAAUACGAAGAAGCUUUGAUGGCAGCUGAGAUAAGUCAGAAAACCAUAAAAAAGCACAAGAUUUUGGACAUUGGCUUAGCUUAUAUAAAUCACCUUGUGGAGAAAGGAGAGUAUGACCUGGCUGCUCGAAAGUGCCAGAAAAUUCUUGGCAAAAACACAGAGCUCUGGGAAUUUGAAGUUUACAAGUUUAAAGAAAUAGGUCAGCUUAAGGCAAUUAGUCGUUACUUGCCCAGACGGGAUCCAGUUUUGAAACCUCUGAUCUACGAAAUGGUCCUACAUGAGUUUUUGGAGAGUGACUAUGAGGGGUUUGCAACCCUGGUAAAAGAGUGGCCUGGAGAUCUCUACAACAACACAAUCAUAGUUCAAGCUGUAGUGGAUCACCUGAAGAAAGACCCACAGAACAGGACUUUGCUACGAACACUUGCAGAAUUGUAUACUUAUGACCAGCGCUAUGGCAGAGCCCUAGAAAUUUACCUAACUCUGAGGCAUAAAGAUGUCUUCCAGUUGAUCCACAAGCACAAUCUUUUCAGUUCUAUCAGAGACAAAAUUGUUCUGCUCAUGGAUUUUGAUUCAGAGAAAGCAGUAGACAUGCUUUUGGAUAAUGAAGAUAAAAUUUCCAUUGACAGAGUUGUUGAAGAACUAGAAAACAGGCCUGAGCUACAGCAUGUGUAUUUGCACAAGCUUUUCAAAAGAGACCACCAUAAAGGCCAACGAUAUCAUGAGAAACAGAUCAUUCUUUAUGCUGAAUAUGAUCGUCCCAAUUUACUACCGUUUCUCAGAGACAGCACGCACUGUCCACUAGAGAAGGCUCUUGAGAUCUGCCAACAAAGGAACUUUGUAGAAGAGACAGUCUAUCUUCUGAGCAGAAUGGGUAAUAGCCGCAGUGCCUUGAAGAUGAUAAUGGAAGAAUUGCAAGAUGUAGAUAAAGCUAUUGAAUUUGCCAAGGAACAAGAUGAUGGAGAACUUUGGGAAGACCUCAUUUUAUAUUCUAUUGAUAAACCACCUUUUAUUACUGGUUUGUUGAACAAUAUUGGAACCCAUGUGGAUCCCAUUCUUUUGAUUCACCGCAUUAAAGAAGGCAUGGAGAUUCCUAAUUUGAGAGACUCACUAGUGAAAAUUCUUCAGGACUACAACUUGCAG